AUGGCUGGGAAGUACGGUGGCCUUGCGCUCGUCCUGGUCUCCCUCGUGCUACUGCACGGUGGCGUCCAGUUGGCGGCGGCCGCUGUGUGGAACGUCGGUGACUCGAAUGGAUGGACCUUCGGCGUCAUAUCGUGGCCCAACAACCCCUUCAAGAACUUCAGGGAAGGCGAUGUGCUAGUGUUCAAGUACGACCCCGCGGCGCACAACGUGAUCGUCGUGGACGACUUCGGGUUCGGGACCUGCACGACGCACCCCACCAACGCGACGGUGUACAGCUCCGGCAACGACCAGAUCACGCUGCGGCGCGGUGAGACCAACUUCAUCUCCGGCAAGGCGGACGACUGCGACAAGGGCCUCAAGAUCACGGUAUUUGUCAGGCCCUAG